CUAGAUUCAUCGUAUUAGCUAAUUGUUGUUGGAUAAUUAAGAGACGUUUAGUCCCAAAACCUCUCCAACCCUCCAUUUUUCCUGCUGGAAUCUCUCCAAUAAGCUAGUACAAUAAUUAAGCUACGCAAAUAACUGCUAAAACUUUCCCACCAUCAACAACCCAUUACCAAAAACUAGCCAUUACAACCACAGCCAUUAUUUCUUUGUGUUUUUAUUCUAAAAACAAACUUUCUUUCAACAGAAAAAUCGCAACCUCCUUUUUUUCUCUGCCUUUUUAAGUUCGCAACACAAGACAGGGCCUUUCAUUCCCUUGUUAAUUCAUUUCCCCCCCUUUUUUUCUACUUGUUCUCUGGUUUUAUACGUUCUUUCUUCUUUGUUUUGGGGGGAUAAUAAAGUAGAUAUCUUUCUUUAUCUUUAUUAUUAUUAUUAUUAUUUUAUAGUUUAUAUUCUGUUCCCUGUUAAUUUGAAUCUCUUUUCUUCAUGGGUAAUUUUGUAAGAACUUCCUUGGCCAUUAUUGUGGCAUGGUUUAGCCUUUUUCAAGGACUUUUGGUAGCUGUUAAUGGGCAUUUUAAUUAUAAGGAAGCCCUUACCAAGUCCAUACUUUUCUUGGAAGCACAAAGAUCGGGAAAACUCCCACCACACAAUAGGAUACCAUGGAGAGGAGAUUCUGCCCUUGAUGAUGGUAAACUUGAAAAUGCGGACCUAUCUGGGGGAUACUAUGACGCAGGAGACAAUGUAAAAUAUGGUUUGCCAAUGGCUUUUACCGUUACAACACUAUCAUGGAGUGCUAUAGCAUAUAAGAAAGAAUUAGAAGCCGCCUGCGAGAUGGAAAAUGUGCGUGCCGGUAUCAAAUGGGGCACGGAUUAUUUUCUAAAAGCCAGCAGUAGACGAAACCGUUUGUAUGUGCAGGUGGGAGACCCAGUAGCGGAUCAUCAAUGUUGGGUGCGACCAGAAAAUAUGAAGACACCAAGAACUGUGUUGAAGAUUGAUGCGAAUCAACCUGGAACAGAGAUUGCAGCAGAAACUGCAGCUGCAAUGGCUUCUGCUUCCAUUGUUUUUAGACCCUCAAAUCGUACCUAUGCUCGUCGUCUCCUCAACAAAGCCAAACUGCUUUUCAAUUUUGCCAAAUCACACAAAGGAACUUAUGAUGGAGAAUGCCCAUUCUAUUGCUCUUUCUCUGGCUACAACGAUGAGCUUAUGUGGGCUGCAACUUGGUUAUACAUGGCGAGCAAGAAGGCCGUGUACUUGAAAUACAUUACAGACGAAUCUAUUAAUGCUAAUGUUGCUGAGUUUAGCUGGGACCUUAAAUACGCUGGAGCCCAAGUCCUGCUUUCCGAGUUCUUCUUUCGAGGAGAGAAGGGUUUAACCCCACAUAAAAAUGCAGCUGAUAGUUUUGUAUGUUCAGUACUCCCUGAUAGCCCUUUUCAUCAACUUUAUGUCACUCCAGGUGGCAUGCUUCACUUGAGAGAUGGGGCCAACACUCAAUAUGUUACAGGCACAGCUUUAUUGUUUGCCACCUACAGUGACAUCCUAAAGGAUCACAAUCAACAUGUCAUCUGUGGAAACAAGCAAUUUGACUCAACCGCCCUCCUGAACUUUGCCAGGCAACAGAUGGAUUACUUGCUAGGGAACAACCCGCUAAAAAGAUCAUUCAUGGUUGGAUUUGGAAGCAACCCACCAACGCAACCACACCACAGAGGCGCUUCCGUUCCAAUGUCGGAAGCAAAAGACGAUGUGAGCUGCCCCAUGAGCUUUGUGAACUGGCUCCAGAGGAGUGGACCAAACCCUAAUGAGCUAACGGGUGCAUUUGUGGGUGGACCUGACAAAUACGACAACUUCGUGGACAAACGAACCGAUUCAUCCUAUACCGAGCCAUGCACCUACGUCAACUCUCAGGCAGUCGGUGUUCUGGCAAAGUUGGCAUCGUCUCACUAGUAUCAGUUGGAUUGUACUGUGUGUGUAUGUAUCAUGUAAUUUCAUUUCAUUUAAUCGUGUUCAGAAUUUUUUGCAAGCAAUGCAAAAUUUUUUAUUUCACUA